AUGGAGUGGGGGGCGGGGUGCCAAGAGGGGGCCCAGGGGCCCAGGUCCAUCUCCACGGUGGUGGCUGCAGCCCCCUCUGACGGGCCCCUGUCAAACGGGGUCUACGUACCUCCCAGCGCGGCCAACGGAGAUGUCAAACCCAUAGUCUCAACCACUCCCCUGGUAAACUUCCUGAUGCAGCUGGAGAACUAUACCCCUAUGAUUCCAGAUGCUGUCACAGGCUACUACCUCAACAGAGCUGGAUUUGAGGCCUCUGAUCCGCGCAUCAUUUGUCUCAUCUCACUGGCUGCCCAGAAGUUUAUUUCGGACAUUGCCAAUGAUGCCCUGCAACACUGCAAGAUGAAGGGCACAGCUUCUGGCAGCUCCCUCAACAAGAGUAAGGAUAAGAAGCACACGCUGACCAUGGAGGACCUAAUGCCAGAGCUUGCAGAGUAUGGCAUCAAUGUGAAGAAGCGGCACUAUUUCACCUUGCGUCCAAGCUGAGCUGCAGGCCCUGCCAUGGGCCUGGCCCC